AUGGGUGGGUUCUCGUUGAUCUUCGCUCGCGGGCGGUCAACCGGGUUCUUCGAAUGUUCGACUCGGCGCAUUUCGUAUCAAGUCUGGAAUAGUCAUCUUCUCAUCUUGAAGUGCCAUCUCUUUGAGUACUUGCCGCCCAAUUCUCCGAAGUCGCAGCCUGAACAUGUCGAGGCUACCUCUCCAGUCAACUUCGCCGCCCGGGCGUCCAAAGAAGCCGCCCUGACUGCGUUCGCGCAAUUAGGAGCUUUGCGACUUGGGGCGCAACGUGUGAUCAUUUCGCUGUUUGGUCGACACGAGCAGCACGUCCUGACCGAAGCUACUCGGACCCUUAGUCUCCAGGAUAACAUCCACCAUACUCCUGGCGAUCAGCUGUGGAUUGGUUGCUGUACUCUAUCAUAUGCGCGCAGUUUCUGCAAAGCGGUGAUGAAACCACAGACAGACGCACAGAGCGCUUGUGACCAAGUGAUCGUUCAGCAAGACCUGUUGCAAGACGAUGCCCUCAAAGAUCAUCCAGAUGUGAAAUCAUUUCCCAAUAUUCGCUUUGUGGCCUCGAGUCCUAUCAUCAGUCCGAAGGGGAUCGUGAUUGGCGCUUAUACUGUCCUCGACAAUAAGCCCCGCGAGGCGCUGGACAUCACAAGCCUGGAAUUCUUGGUCGAUAUGUCCCUCACGGUGAUGGAAUAUCUGGACACGAGCCAUUCGAGAAGCCAACAUUACCGAAGCGAACGCAUGAUGGUUGGCAUUGGGAGCUUUCUCGAGGGCAAAGGCAGUCUCAGGAGUUCUUGGCUCACCGAUACCGAGGACGCUCAAACUGCGGACGAUGAGAACAACGAGGGUCAUAUCAAUCGAAAGCAACAGGACAAACAGAUAUCGGAGAGAGUGGCAAAAUCCAUGGCAUCAAAUGGGCCAAAAAGCCACCUAACUUUCCAUUCUUAUAAUCUUGAUCGCCCCCAGAAACGGAGUUCCCAGACAUAUGGGGAACAAAACCAAUCUUCUGAAAUUCCAACAGCAAGCAUAUCAGAGCUGGACGCCCAGUCACAGGCGUCUCAGGCAGAACCUUCCGUCAGCGAUCAGUCAAAACAACCAUCGCGGAAAGAAGAGUACGCCUUGAAAGUGAAGGAGGCGUUUGCGCGAGGCGCCAAUCUCAUUCGUGAAAGCAUUGAAGUCGAGGCAGUCAUCUUUUUCGAUGCAAAUUUCCGCUCCCAAAUUCCCCUAGGAGAAAGCCCAAAUUCGGACUCCGAGAGCAGCACUGUGGAAGGCUUCUCUUCGGGCGAUGAAGAAGCUCGGUCCAGAGAAGCUGCUCGGCAGCGGGAACUUUCCACCGCAGAGCAGGCUAGCGCUGGAGGCCAAACCGCGUUGGAUCCAUGCGAAAUGAUUGCAUUCGCCACCUCGAGCACAUCCAGUAUCAACGACGAACUCAUGAACGAUAAGAGGAUUGCUCUGUCCGAGUCAUUCCUCAACGAGCUUCUGACCCGUUACCCUCAAGGCAAAAUUUUCAAUUACGGCGAGGAUGGCGCAUUAUCAUCUGACGAUGCCAGUGAUAGUGUGUUUAGGAAAUAUCUCCGACGUCACAAGGGUAGAAAGUAUAAAAGGACCGAACGGGGAGUAUUACGCCAAGAUGCCGAGACACUUUUACGACUUGCACCCGAUUCUCGAAGUAUCAUUUUCUCGCCACAGUGGGAUUCAAACAAAGGAAAAUGGUACUCAGGCAGUCUGACGUGGACAAGAGCUAAGCACCGGGUCUUCACUUCAGACGAUGAGCUAGCCUUCCUGUUAACGUUCGGUCAUAGCCUUAUGGCAGAAGUACACCGACUCCACGCCCAGUUCACCGACCAAGCGAAAGGAGACUUACUCGCCGGACUAAGCCAUGAGCUUAGAUCACCUCUUCAUGGUAUCUUCGGCACAGUGGAGCUUCUCAACGACACUUCCAUCGAUACACUACAGCGGGGAUUCGUUCAUACGAUUGCCUCUUGUGCUAUUAACGAUAUUCCAACAUACAAUUCCAUUGGCCCCGCUGGCUCUGGAAGCAAAACCGAUCGACCGGGAGUCCGUUCGCGUUCAAAACCUGGAAAUCUUGAGCUAGACUCUUAUGUCGAACUUGAUGCUGCUGUUGAGGAUGCUGUAGAAACAGUCGUCGCGGGCUAUGCUUUCUUCAAUAGCACGCGCUCCCCACUUCGCGGAGUAGCUGGAUUGGCGACCCAAGGGGCCAAAGCCUUUGACUCCCAUGGCGGAGUGAAGGUGAUUCUUGAUAUCGAACCCGCUCAAAGCUGGAAGUUCUCAACACGACCGGGAGCCUGGCAUGUGAUUCUUACGAAUUUGCUCGGGAAUGCGUUGAAAUUCACCCAGCAGGGCCACAUCCUCGUGUCUUUGAAAUCUUCUUCGGUCAGACUUGGAAAGGAUGGUGCGCCCAAGCGGUCGAAGAUCAUGGUCAGUAUUAAGGACACCGGGUGCGGGAUUGGUCCUGAGUACAUGAAAAAUGACAUAUUCGCUGCCUUCGAGCAAGAAGAUAGCAUGUCAACGGGUAAUGGUCUGGGGCUUAAUAUCACACGCAGGAUAGUAUCCUCGCUUGGCGGUGACAUCCAGCUUCAUUCCGAACCAGAUGUUGGCACUGAGUCUGUGAUCACUGUGAACCUCGAUCAUAUAUCUGAGCUCGACACGCCCGAAGAUGUGAUUGUUCAAUCCCCGAUCCCAGCAACGAGAGCGCUUCUCAGUGGGAAGUCCAUUGGGCUAUUAGGACUAGGGAAUUCCACAUUUGACAUGGCCCUAUGUGCCUCAUUAGAGAGACUGUGUCAGGACUGGCUCGGUAUGGCCGUCCGCGCAGUGUCGCCGGCGGACUCUCGAUUUGCUCACUGUGACUUUUACAUUUCCACGCAUGAAUAUUUGGAUAUGGGGAAUAUGGAAAUCAAAUCCAUUGCACCCGGCGAAAAACAGCAUCUCUCUUCCCCUGUCAUAAUCAUCUGUCCGUCUCCAAGGAUCGCGCAUUCGAUGUUCGUGCAAGCGAGGAAGCGAGGAGAUACAGAGGUCCUCCAGUUCAUCAGCCAGCCAUGCGGACCACGCAAGUUGGCAAAAGCCCUGGACAUCAGCAUGAAACGCCAGCAGCAGCGUUCUGAUCUGGCCCAAGGCAAAAGCGAAAACGUCGAUCGUUCCUCGCGAUCUAGAAACCGGACCGAUUCAGACGAGCGGAAUAGAUACUCGCUUGUCCAUGUCCCGGAGCUGGGAGUCGGUGGGCAAUCUGGCGCCGAAGUGACGAACAAUCAGAGCUCAAUUUACAGCCAUGGUCCGGAAACUUCAUUUGAGACUAACCAAUCACGCGAGAAUGUCAAUGAUAUAAACAGUUCCGAGUACCCAUCGGAAUCUCCAGCAGAGGAACCUUCUGAAAAGCAAGAUCAGCCCCAGCCUGAACCCGAAGUGAUACCUUCCAUGGCUGUCCUGCUUGUGGAUGACAAUGAGAUCAAUCUCAGAAUGCUUGUUGCGUUUAUGAAAAAGGUCAAAUGCGACUAUUUGCAGGCGCACGAUGGAAAAGAAGCUCUUGAACUAUUCAAGGAAAACGCGUACAGGAUCAAAGUAAUACUCAUGGGCAAGUCAUAUCAACACCGACGUUCCAGUGGAUAUGUUCUACUAACAUCCCCAACAGACAUAUACAUGCCAGUAAUGGACGGGUUGGAAUCGACCAGGCGAAUUCGAGACUUUUAG